UCAUCGCAGCCCGAGCAGUUUUGACUAGCUCUGAUUUAAAUCGAGCGCGUCCCUGACACAGCAGUUUCACCUCCGGGGGAGAUCCACCAACUUCGUCCGUUCACAGGAUAAGACCGGAUACUCGCACCGACAACUGGGAUCUUUUCUUUUUCGCUACUCGAGAUUCUGACAACCCGUAUUGACGACUGACUACUGCACAAUGUAUCUUAUCUCACUCGCUCUCGAAUAUGGAGCGCCGUUCUUUCUUAUCACCUCCCCGGUAACCUCCUAUGCGGAUCAAAUUCUCAGUAUUCAUCGGAAUAGGAGUUCUGCUGGCUUCUCGUUGGAUAUACCUCUGAUCAUGCUGGUCGCGUCAAUCUUGAAAGUAUUCUUCUGGUUUGGCGACAACUAUUCUUUUACGCUGCUGGUGCAAGCCGUCAUCAUGAUUGGGGUCCAAAUGGUUAUGCUCAAGGUUGCGCUGGAUAAUCGGCCGGCCCCCGGUGUUAAAAACAGCCUCGAGCACGUUCCGUUCAGCAGUGUCAGUAAUGGUGGGGGACUUACUCGGCCCUAUGACUUCUGGCAGUGGAAGAGCGCAAAGCCGUAUUGGAUGUUUUUGGCUUAUUUUAUUGCUGGGCUCUCGUUUAUCCAAAUCUGCCUACCUCCAAUUGCUCAAUCGGAGUUCUACAUUAACUGCCUUGGAUAUAUCGGGUUGACUGUGGAGGCUACCUUGCCUCUGCCUCAAAUUCUUGCUAACCAUCAGUCACGCUCCUGCAAAGGAUUCCGUUUGUCGGUUGUAGCCGCAUGGAUUCUCGGUGAUCUGAUGAAACUGAGUUACUUCUUCUGCAGCCAGGAGGUAAUUCCCUGGGCUUUUCGCCUAUGCGCAUUGUUCCAGUGCGUCUGUGAUCUGUACCUUGGGGUACAGUUUUGGAUGUAUUCCAAAGCCUCGUUUGGGGCUGCUGGCAGCCCUAGGGAGCCCAGUGGAAACUGGACUGUUGAGGAGAAAGACAUCCGGAUGACAUGA